UUCUCAAAAUUAUCAUUAAUCUCUCUCCCUCUCUCUCUUCUUUCUCUCUCUCAAAGUUUAGCUCUGUGUUUGGUGGUUUAAUUUCAUCCAUAGUACAUAUACUAUACAUACAUAUGUAGCUAUAUAUAUGUGUGUAUAUCAUCUUUUUUUUUUCUAUAGAAGUAGUAGUGGUAAAAACAAAACAAAAAACCCUUUAAUUUGUUUCGAUCUCUCUUAGUUUCUUGGAUUUUUGGGUCUUUUUCUGAGAUCUAAGGUGCUAGCUAAGAUUUGGACAUGGCAAAUCCAUGGUGGGCAGGCCAAGUAGGUUUAACGGGGAUUGAGACGUCAACAUCGGCCGGCGGGUCGUCAGCGCUGAAGAAGCCAGAUCUGGGGAUAUCCAUGAACGACGGCGGGAGGGAGGAGGAGGACGAGAGGGAGAACAGCGACGAGCCGAGGGAGGGUGCAAUUGAAGUGGCGACGACGCGGCGGCCGAGGGGGCGGCCGCCCGGGUCGAAGAAUAAGCCGAAGCCGCCUAUUUUCGUGACGAGGGAUAGCCCUAACGCGCUGAGGAGCCACGUCAUGGAGGUCGCCAACGGGGCUGACGUGGCGGAGAGCAUAGCCCAGUUCGCUCGGCGCCGACAGAGGGGCGUGUGUGUGUUAAGCGCUAGCGGGACGGUCACGAACGUAACCCUAAGGCAGCCCUCCGCCCCGGGCGCCCUCAUGGCCUUGCACGGCCGUUUCGAGAUUCUCUCCUUGACCGGCGCGUUCCUCCCUGGCCCCGCCCCGCCCGGCUCGACCGGGCUCACCAUCUACUUAGCGGGCGGGCAGGGCGGCGUGGUGGGAGGGAGCGUGGUGGGGUCCCUUGUCGCCUCCGGGCCCGUCAUGGUCAUAGCCUCCACGUUUUCAAACGCAACUUAUGAAAGGCUGCCGCUCGAGGCCGAGGAGGAGGAAGCCGGCGGCGGGGCGGGUCAAGGUCCGCUCGGCGCCGGUGGAUCACCACCGGGGAUGGGAGGAGCACAGGGCGGCGGCGCCGGCGCCGCUGUGGGGGAUCCAUCCAUGGGAGUGUAUAAUUUGCCUCCAAAUAUGUUGCCAAAUGGUGGACAGUUGAACCAUGAUGCAUUUGCUUGGGCACAUGGCCGGCCUCCAUACUAGUGCUAAGAGGUUAGCUUAUAAUAAUCAUAAUAAAUAAUAAUAUUAAUAAAUUAAUAAAUCAAUAAAUAAAUAACUCAAAGGGAGUGAGAAAUAGAGAGAAGUGCAGCUUAGUUUUAAUUUCUUCACAUGAUAUGUUUGUAUGUGAUAAUUAAAAAAAAAAAAGAAAAAAAAGAGAGGGGAUGAAGAAUUGAAGAUAGGAAUUAUUACUGUAAGCUUUUUAUUAUAUUAUUAUGAUUAUGAUGUCUAUAAUUUAUCUUGGAUUUGGAUCCGACCUUAUAUAAUUUUCGAUCAGUUAGCUCCUUUUUCGACCUCAA